UAUUAUAGAUUUUUUUAAUGUGAAACUCAUUCUUCGAAAAUUCCAUAAUAAAUAGUUGAAUUAUGUUUUCUUUACAUGUCGAAUGCACUUUUAUUGUUCUCAGAUUUAGUGGGAGGAUAAAGCAUGUGCUAAUCAGCUUGUCAAUUAUAUUACUCUUAAUGUUGGAUUUAUGUGAUGAAAUACUAUUUAUGAGUUUAUUGCUUUUGAUUUCUUUAAAAUUAGAUCAAGUUUUCCUAAUUACAAAAUUUGUUAGAUUUUACGUUUUGGUAUUGUUUAGUUAGAUAAAUUAAGAUGUCAACUUUAUGUGUGAAAUUUUUACACAUUAGACAAAACUUAAAAUGAAUCUAAAGAUUAAAAAACAUACUAAUUUAUCUCCAAAAAAGAAAAAAAAUACUACUCCAGUAAUUUACAGGUACUUGAGAUUUGCAAUUGAAGAGAGCGCCGAAGCGUAGCAGGUAUAGUAUACGUUUCAGACCAUCGCAACGCAAGCAAUUGAGCGUUGUCCUCUUACUCUGCAAAUUGUGAAAAUGAAACCAAGGGUUUCGCACAGGUUUCUUAUACUCCGUUACCAAAUUCGUUUCCUAACCCACACUAAACCCUUCACUUCCUUCGCCAAAAAGUUUCUAGCCCCUCAAGCUCGUCCUUCUAUCAAUGGCGGUAACGGAAACUCUCAAGGGGAUUCUUCUUUUCUUUUACCUGGUGCAACAGUUGCUACGAUACUUAUGCUUGGUGCUCUCCAUGCCAGACGAAUGUAUGAUGAUAAGAAGACUGAAGAUAUGCGGGAAAAAGGAAUUGAGUUGGAGUUCCAACCUGAUGUGAAGGCUUCAUUUUUUAGAUUACUGCCGCUACGAUCAAUUUCUAGAUGCUGGGGACAUUUGACUAGCAUGGAAAUACCAGUGUGGUUAAGGCCACAUGUAUACAGAGCUUGGGCUCGGGCAUUCCAUUCAAAUUUAGAAGAAGCUGCUUUACCCCUGGACAAGUAUACAUCUCUAAGGGAAUUUUUUGCUCGUGCUUUGAAAGAAGGUUCCAGGCCUAUCGAUGCUGAUCCACAAUGUCUGGUCAGUCCUGUGGACGGUACAAUCUUAAGAUUUGGAGAGUUGAAAGGAGCAGGGGCAAUGAUUGAACAAGUUAAAGGGUUUUCAUAUCCUGUUUUUUCCCUUCUUGGUGCAAGCUCUUUCCUUCCAACAGCUGAUAGCAAUGUGCAAGAGGAGCACAGCGAAUCAAUAACAAUUACUGAAAAGAGCAAGAAAUCAUGGUGGAGAGUUUCAUUAGCUUCUCCAAAAGUUUGGGACCCAACAUCAUCGUGCCCAAAGAAAGGCCUAUUUUACUGUGUGAUUUACUUAAAGCCUGGAGAUUACCAUCGGAUACAUUCCCCUACUGACUGGAAUAUUCUUGUACGCAGACAUUUUUCUGGCAAUCUUUAUCCUGUGAACGAACGUGCUACAAGAACAAUCAGAAACCUCUAUAUUGAGAACGAGAGGGUUAUUCUUGAAGGUGUAUGGCAAGAAGGGUUUAUGGCGCUUGCUGCCGUUGGCGCCACAAAUAUUGGGUCAAUUGAGCUUUUCAUCGAACCCGAACUUCAGACAAACAAGCCAAGGAAGAAGUCACUACAUUCAGAACCUCCUGAAGAACGUGUCUAUGAUUGUGAAGGUGUUGGUAGAGCACUCAAGAAAGGAGAUGAGUUAGGUGCCUUCAACAUGGGAUCAACGGUUGUGCUUGUUUUUGAAGCUCCAAUCUCAAAACUGCUUCAUGAGGGAAAUUCAUCACAAGAGUUCAAUUUCUCUGUCAAAUGUGGGGAUAGAAUACGAGUUGGUGAGGCUCUAGGAAGGCGGCAUAGUUCGUGACCAUGUUAAUUUUGUCUGCCGUUCAUUACAUUUGAGAAUGUACUCUUCCCUAGGUUUACAUUUCCAACUUAUUGUCGACAUUCUAACUUAAGUAUUAUAUUCGAAAACUUGGCACAAUAUUAAUAGUUAUAGUAUAAUGUUAUUUAUCAUUAAAAAAACGUGAUACUACAGAUGCAGCGUGUUUUUUACGUUGAUAAAUAUUUGUGGAUGUCAGUUCCCACCAUUAACAUUUA